UUGUUGUUUAAUGCAUUUUGCAAAUAUUUGCAGGCAAUUAUGAUGCAUAAUUAGGUAUAUGUGCAGAAUAUGCUGCAGAUUAUAAAUAGUUUGUUAUUCAUUGUGGCUCCUGCAGAUAUGGACUGGGAGAAGUCAUUGAACCGAUCCAGGGUGAACUCUUCUUCUCCAGCCUCUUCGUCAUCUCCAUCCAUGUCUGACUCUUCAUUCACCUUCUCCUGCUACAACUCAUCUCACCCCCUCUUCUCCACCUCCCCGUUCUCGGACCCAUCCUUUUCUGGCCUGGACCUCCUGUCCAACCUGAAGCCCGUCUUCAUCCCUCUCUACUGUGCCGUGGUGCUGGUCGGCUGCUCCGGCAACCUCCUCCUGCUCUUUCUCAUCUGGCACAACAAGAAAAGACACAACACCACAAACUUCCUCAUCAGCAACCUGGCACUGGUCGACCUGGUCAUGUGCGUCUUCUGCGUCCCUUUGACUGCAUCCUACGCUUUUGACCAGCGUGGAUGGGUGUUUGGUCCCCACAUGUGUCAUUUCGUCACCGUCAUGCAGUCUGCAGCUGUCUACGCAGCAUGCCUGUCCCUCAUGGCCAUCGCAGUGGAUCGUUACGUGGUUGUGGCUUAUCCCAUCCGCAAAAGAGCAGGGGGCCAGUUCUGCUUAGGUCUGGUGGUCCUGAUCUGGCUGUCCUCUCUGGCUUUAUCCACACCUACGGCACUACACACCGUCCACCUGGACCUGCGGGCUGCAGGGCUGCAGAUGACCGUUUGUGAGGAGUUCUGGGAUGGCCAGGAGCGAGGUCGAUUCAUCUACUCCUGCUUCAUUCUCCUCUUCUCCUACUUUGUCCCACUGGCUGCAGUCUCCAUUUCCUACUGUGCUAUAUCCUACCAGCUGAAGCAGAGGACCAAGUCAGGCUUGACGGCAUGUCAGGAGUUGAGAUCUGCGAGGGCUGCAUGGAGCAGACAGAGGAGGAAGACCUUCUACCUGCUGCUGGUGUCCGUCCUCUGUUUCGCCUUCUCAUGGCUUCCCUUACAGGUGGUGAAUCUGAUCCGUGACCUGGACACAGACUUCUCCAUCUUAGGGAAGAAUUACGUUAACAUCAUCCAGGUGUCCACUCACCUGCUCGCCAUGAGCUCCACCUGCUACAACCCUUUUAUUUACGCCUCAUUGCACAAAAAGUUCCUCUCCUACCUGUGCAGCCACUUCCUAUUCCGGAGGAGAAAAACAGGAAAGGACAGAGGUCAGGGGUCAAGCACCCUGACGAUGUUACACAGAGUGCAGCGCCUUCACACCUCCACGAUUGUUGCAGAUUUAGCAGGUGCUGUUGUAAAUAACGUUAUUCCUCAAGACAUUUAUGCUUAAUAGUUGUUUCUCUUGAAUACGCACAGGAAUUUUAUCUGCUGCUGUUUUCCAGAAAGGACACAGGGUAUCUUCUUUACUUCAUAUUUAAUCUGAAUCUGGUCAGUGUUUAUACUGACAGGCAAAUUAAGUAAGAAACUAAAUUAAUUUAAAGCUCAUUGAAAUUCGAAAACUGACAAAGUGGCAAGGCUUUUAUAAAACAGGUUAUAGUCAUAAAUAAAAAUGCACAGCUCCGUCUCUUUGACUGAAUUUCUACAGGUGUAAAAACACUGACCUGCUUUGCUUGAAAGGAUGUACCGUGUUGUGUAAUGAUUUAUAUUUUGAACAAAUGUGUGGAGGUUUAUGUAUUGAAAGUUUAUUUAGUCCUGAAAAAUACUUUAAACAGUGAUUUUGCUCGUCUUUGCAAAAAUACACAAUGUAUAGUUUUUCAUCUAAUUCUUGUACAUAUUCAUAUUCUUGAGCAUGUCUACUACUUUACGUGUUUUUUUUAAAAAUAUAUAUAUAUAUAAAAGCAUGCUGUUCUAAUCUAAAUGUUUUAUGCCAUUCCUGUCAAC